CCUCGUCGCCGUCGCGUGCACCAGAUACCACGAGCCCACCAUUGCAUCAGCCGAACACCCUCCCUCUCAACGCCAAUCCACCGCCACCGUUAGUUGAACCCGCGCCACCUAGGGUACAACGAGCACCCUCGCGAUAUCCGCUCCUCCAUAUCCGCUACCCGAUUGUGCCUCCGCCAUCGCGUCCACCGUCGUCGUCGCCUGAAGCAGAAAAUAGCCCGUCGCCGUCGCCCCCUUCUACACACCCACCAUCACCACCAGCGAGAAUGAUCGACAUCAACCAGCCUCCUCCUUCAUCACCAACAGAUUCAAGCCCUAUUUUGGGCAAUGAGGUACAUUCUGAUUCACGUUUGCAUGAACUGGUAGAGGGACUUACAACCUCUAUUUCAUCUGAGGAUGARCAUUUUAUUCCUCCUGGUUCUCCCUCUACUGUGAUUAGUCCACAAAAAGUGUUCCUUCUUACUUGGUAUAAUCACUCUUGCACACGGAUGCCCGCUGUUUUGACCGAUCCCAUACCCCACACUGGUGAGGAUGAAUCGGUAGGGCUUGAGGACAUUGUUUUAAAUGAUCAUGAGGCUGCGGUAGAACCUGUUUUAGACACUGAUAUAGAGGAUACUGCAGAACCCGAUUUAGAGGCCGAGGUACGAAAUUUGACCUCAAUCCCUACUAAAAAGAGAAAGGGAUUGGGACGUAUCUUUGCUACGAGGUCUAAAGCCGUGCUCGGUCAGCCUUUAAAAAAGAAACCAAGGCGUGCACCACCUUCUGUCCAGCCUAAGCACUCGGUUUUAACGCCUAGGAAAUCACCUCGCACGGCUGUGGAUAGGCCUGAGGAUACAGCCGGCCCUUCUCGGGUACGGGCCACACGUAGUUCGUCAAACACUCGGUCCAUUCCUAGGCCUCCGAUGCGCUUUGAUGGGUUUAGUUCUGAGGUUGCGCGGCUGCGAUUUGACAAAAUAAAAAACAAGCAGAUUUUACCGGAUAAAGGGUUCGAUAGGAGGAGUGUCGAUGAGUUUAGUUUUAUUCGAGAGUCAAUAAAUGUGGGGGAUGUCGUGGAAAAGGCCAUUCUUUACUGCGCUAAAAGAAGGCAAGGGAAGUUGUUUUUUCCCGGUCUAAUCCACAAAUUGUUGAUGAAAGCGGGUGUUCCGGAGUUUACCGAUGACUUGGUCAUUAAGGAGUGUGAGGAAAAAUGGACGAUUGAUAUAAAAGCUGUAUCAAGACUACGAGAGCGGAGUGAGAGAGGCAGGGAUGGACCAGAUUUGAAUCGCACUAUGGACGAGAUUGUAGAGCUGAAUGGUAGCAUGAUGGAUCUUUUGAUCGAGCAAAAAGCCGAGCUGAUUGAGAAGAUUGAGGCCAUGCAUGCUGAUUUCAACAAAAGGUUAAAGGCCAGCGAGAAGAGAAUGAAGAAACGAUUCGAGAAGUUGAAAGACGGAUUGGAGACUGAGGUAGCUGGCAAGUUAACGAGGAUGCAGCAAAAGUUGAGCAAGUACAAGACRGARGCGAAAAGACUGAGGACACGAAUGGCAUCCAUGGCUGCCCGGAGCACACAGCCUACUCCUUCGGAGUAG